CUGCGUGGUUCUUUGUAUGCAAUUCAAAAGUUUCUACAGUCAAACAGCGAGUUCGCCAUAAACUUAAAACCCUUUCGACAUUCCGUAGUUUGACAGAAUGGACAGAUAAUACGUGUUAAGGCCACGAAGACACUGGUUUUUGAUUUUAAUUUGAAAGCAUGUAAACGGAAGACGUAUCGGUUUCAUUCUGUCUGACUUGACACUAUGGAAGCGGCCAGUGUCCCGUAACAGUUUGAAGUCUAAAAUUAGGGAGGCACCCCAACAGCAAAUGACGCAAGAAGGCUAAACUGGACAGGGUGAUCGUCUCUGGGUGUCAAUGGUAGCGGGACUCAGUACCAUGGAAACGUCCCUUACAACUUUGCUGUUGUUGAUGACAUGGAGGGUAUUUUUAGAUCUUGUUGUCAUCUUUUCGUAACAGCCCGGCCGCGGCGUUCAGUAUAAAGGACUCUUUCAAAAUGCAGUUGUACAACAGUGCGCUGACACACUACCCGAGGUCGUCUCGCAAAGUAACAGUCACUCUGCUGGCCGGAUCGGAGCGUCCAAACGGGACGACACCGACUUCUUCUGCGGCUCCUAAAGUAGGAUUUACACAACAAGGCACAGCUUCAGCGACCAACGGGGAUCCGCUGAGUGAGGCUGCUUCUUCCGCAAACAUGCCUGCCUUUUCGUGUUACGAAGCUUCAUCGUUGAGGCCAAUGAACUUCACAUCGACUGCUGAGAUAUUAAUCCGCAGACCCGAUGGAGUGGAGAGGUCUGUGCCUGUCCACAUCAUAAGGGAGUCCAAGACCAAACGGCUCUCCCCCGACUCCCACGAGGUUGAAAGUUUCCUCUGUAAUGACUGUGAUUCUGAUCUGAUUGUGGACUUGAUAGAUCAUCUCAGAAAUGGGACAGAUGAGCUUUUUCCUGACUGCCCAGAGCUGGUUGGAGGUCACCUUUUUAAGAGUAACAACAUAUGUAGACCCAGAGUAGAGGAAGACAGGUUGGUUGGAAACUCAAGCGAGGAUGAUACAGUUUCAGAGACUGAUGCCCCCCUCAGAUGCAACGGAUGGGCCUCAUCACAAGAAGAGGAGCUCGUUCCCUCCCGAGAAGCUCAGCUGGAAGACCUCACGAAGGAAGAAUUUAGUGAUCCGAGCUGUGCCAAAAAUGCCCCGGCAUCGGACGAGAGACGGGCCUUUGAGCUCAGCGUUCUGCAAGAGUCGUCCCCACAGAGAUGUCAAGAGAGGGGCGAUGUCAACGAUAAAGUCACCCGGUACCUGGCUGAAGUGGAGAAACAAAACCAGUACCUGAAGGAGAGGCAUAAAUACAGAUACCACAUCAUCCCAGAUGGCAACUGUCUGUACAGAGCUGUGUGCAAAGCCACGUAUGGGGACCAGGCAAGGCACGGGGAACUGAGGGAGCAGACGGUGCACCACAUCGCCGACCACCUGGAUGAGUUCAACCCCAUCAUUGAAGGGGAUGUAGGGGAGUUCCUGAUCAACGCGGCGCAGGAUGGUGCCUGGGCAGGCUACCCCGAGCUUCUCGCCAUGAGCCAGAUGCUGAAUGUCGUCAUCCACCUGACAACAGGGGGGAGCUUGGAGAGCCCCACCGUCUCCACCAUGGUGCACUGUCUCGGGGAAGAGGACACCUCCAAACCGGCCAUCUGGUUGAGUUGGCUCAGCAAUGGUCACUACGACGUUCUUCUAGACAGGUGCCUCCCCAACCCGGAGUACGAGGACUGGUGCAGACACUCGCAGAUGCAGAGGAAACGGGACGAGGAGCUGGCGAAGUCCAUGGCAGCCUCGUUAUCCAAAAUGUACAUCGAGAAAAACGGAAGUGCGUGAAAGAAGCGGUGUGUGUUGGGUAUUGAAGGAUGCACUCUUGACACAGUAGAAUGCAGACCCAGCGAUUCUGCUCGGUUUCGACAUGCUUGAAAUGAUGUUUUUUUUUAUAUAUAAGACUCGCAUUUUGAGAGAAAGGAAGUGCAGUGCACAUACUUUGGUUUUUGUAUAUGGCAGCGAUGUCCAAUUAGUGGCAGUGGUCUCUGACAGUGUGUGAGCCUGUUCCUCUGUUGCGUUUGGGUUACAUGAUCCAGUAACUGUGUAUACUGUAUUUAUUUGCCUUUCACUGUCCGACUAGUUAUUUUUCUAAAUGUUUGUGCUUUGUAGGCCAUCACCAAGUACAGAGAAACUUUGUGUGCCAUUUUUCAUUGUUCAGUAUCUGUAUAGCUACGCUCUUUUGCACAAAAGUCCUAUCAGACAAGUCCAGUGAGUUUGAGUCACGUCUGUGAGAACAAUUCAAGGGUUAUUUUUCUAUUACUCAAUUAUUCCUUUUUAGGCUUAAAAUAUUUCAAAAUAAAGUUCUGAAGAAACCUGA